UUUAGCCGACGGAAACAUUUAUAACCAUGUCUGAGGCUGAGUUUCAAAAAGCGGCAGAGGAGGUCAAACAGCUGAAAGCGAAACUGACAGAUGCUGAGAUGCUGGAGAUUUACAGUCUGUACAAACAGGCCACCGUAGGAGAUGUAACCACCACUCGACAUGGCAUGUUAGACUUUACUGGAAAGGCCAAAUGGGAUGCCUGGGAGGCAAAGAAAUGUAUGAGUAAGGAGGAUGCUGUGAAAGCAUUCAUCGCUAAGGUUGAAGAGCUGAAGGGGAAGUACGGAAUCUAA